GUGUAUCCUUAUCCACAGGCAGAUUCCUCCCAUGUCAACUAUCCUCAGCCUGCCAAUUACUCUCAGCUGGGUGGACACUAUCACGCAGGCUUCAUUCACUUUGGAGGCUAUCAAGCAAACACAUAUAUGCUUGGAACUCCUCAGCAAGCGAUGCAAUACUCUACCCGUCCUUUUCAGCAAGCAACUUUAUCUGGGACACAACCCGUCCGCGCAGGUCUCGAUCAGAUGUACAUCUUUAGUAGCGGUGCUGAAGGUCCAUUUCAGCCAGCCAUCUCGACCCAGACCAGCGGGCUCCCACAAGCAGAUUCAUCUCAAGUUGAAGGACACCAGCAAGCAAGUCCUUCCCAGAUUGACGGCCGAACGCAACUAGAUCCGAUUUCGCCUGAAAUCUUGUCGCAUUCGGUUCCGUCUCAUCUAGGCGAUCCUACUCAGACACGUGUUCACCAGCCCGAAGACCUAGACCAGACAGGGGAGCUCCAGCUAUCAGCCACGUCUUUGGUUGCAAAUGCUCAACAACCAAACCUUUCCCAUGUAUAUGGCCAUCAGCAAACAGGUCCAACUCCCCCCGGGCCUUCGAGAGCGACUGUUCCGUCUCAUAUGCUCCUGUUAGCAGGUGAUGCUCAAAUGAGCGGACACGAGCAAGAAGAUCCAGCUCCAGACCUAGCUCAAUUGGAAAGUUACCCGCCAUCGGUCUCGUUCCAGAGACCGGGUUCACAGCAGAUGUCGUACUUUCCGGCAUUUAAUAUACCUGUCGGUGGUAUGACCCAGACAAGCGACCACCAGGAAGAGGAUCCAGCUCUGACAGCAGCUUUACAGCUGUCACGUGCAUCCCGGAACGAGGCGCACCGGAGGAUCACACGUGCUUCGCGGUUUGCGUUCGAUGCAGGCGGUGCACAUCCUCCAGACAAGUAUCAGGAAGCACUUGAACAGGCGAGUCUUGAUUAAUGAUGGAGUCCAUUCUAGUUGAGGACGCAGAAUGCUGAGGAUGAUGAUGAAAGUGGAUUAGCGUUCCACCGUGCUGGCUACAGUUCGGCGAUGCACAAGCUGUCGUUCCAUAGAGCUAUGAUGAAUUCACUCACUAAGAUGAGGAUUGAGCUCCUCGAUCAAAUGUUUCUGUCUCAUACCUUCGAGCACUCUUCCAACAUUGAUUUCUAAGCAGAUUUCCUCGCUCGUUACAGCUGAGCACUUCUGCAAGUAGAUGCCUGACUGCCCAACCCCAUCUCCCACUCUAAAUUAACAGGUCUAGAAGUAC